CUCAGAGAUGGAUUUGCCUGCGAACUUAACUUCGUGUUCCCUUGUCACCUCCUCGCCUUUGGAGAACAACCGUAGCCUUGGCACAGAAGACCUGCGUCCCAGUCCACACCUCGUCUCUGUUUUCGGUGUGCUUGUUCUGACUUUGCUGGGCUUUCUGGUAGCGGCUACGUUCGCAUGGAACCUGCUGGUGCUGGCGACCAUCUUCCGCGUACGCACCUUCCAUCGAGUGCCACACAACCUGGUUGCUUCCAUGGCCGUUUCGGAUGUGCUGGUGGCCGCGCUGGUCAUGCCGCUGAGCCUGGUGCACGAGCUGUCAGGGCGCCGCUGGCAGCUGGGCCGCCGGUUGUGCCAGCUGUGGAUCGCGUGCGAUGUGCUCUGCUGCACCGCCAGCAUCUGGAACGUGACAGCCAUCGCCCUGGACCGCUACUGGUCCAUCACCCGCCACUUGGAAUACACGCUCCGCGCCCGCAAGCGCAUCUCCAACGUGAUGAUUGCACUCACUUGGGCGCUCUCUGCUGUCAUCUCUCUGGCCCCGCUGCUUUUCGGCUGGGGGGAGACGUACUCUGAGGGCAGCGAGGAGUGUCAAGUCAGCCGUGAGCCCUCCUACACCGUGUUUUCCACGGUGGGCGCCUUCUACCUGCCACUCUGCGUGGUGCUGUUUGUGUACUGGAAGAUCUACAAGGCUGCCAAGUUCCGCGUGGGCUCCAGGAAGAUCAACAGCGUGUCGCCUGUAUCUGAAGCUGUGGAGGUGAAGGAUUCCGCCCAGCAGCCCCAGAUGGCAUUCACUGUCCGCCAUGCCACGGUUACCUUCCAGACUGAAGGGGACACGUGGAGAGAACAGAAGGAUCAGAGAGCGGCUCUCAUGGUGGGCAUUCUCAUUGGGGUGUUCGUGCUCUGCUGGAUCCCCUUCUUCAUCACGGAGCUCAUCAGUCCCCUCUGCUCCUGUGACAUCCCUGCCAUCUGGAAAAGCAUUUUCCUUUGGCUUGGCUACUCCAACUCCUUUUUUAACCCCCUCAUCUACACAGCCUUCAACAAAAACUACAGCAGUGCCUUCAAGAACUUCUUUUCUAGACAACAUUGAG